AUGUCCCCGGAAGACCUAUUCGUCCGUUCGUUCCUAGACAGCACCGCGGCUGCUGGACUCACCUCUGAUGGCGGUGCUGCUGGUGCCGCUGCUGCUUCCGCUGCUGAUUCCGCCGCUGCCACUGGUGCUGCUGGUGGCCUUAGCAGCGCAGACGGCUCUUCCCCGUUAAGCUUUGGGACUGGAGAGCAAGGGAGUGAGGGGCUGGGAACCCAGGGGGGAACUGGGGCGGCGGGGGGAGAAGGGAAGGGGGAAGCAGGCAUGGGUUCGCCCUUGCCCUUUCCAGCUAUAAACGUAUGGGGAGCAGCAGCAGGACGAGGAGCAGGCACUGCAGCGGCAGGCACGGUAGGAGGAGCAGGCAUGGGAGGAAGAGCAGGGCUGUCAGCUGCAGCGGUGUACCCUUCACCGAAGCUCAGCCGUCUCAACAGCGAGGAGCUCUUCCAGAGCUGGCUAUCCGCUGAUUUGCAGCAACGGCUGCUGCCAGAACAGCAGCAGCAGGGACAGGGGCAGCAGCAGCAGGGGCAGCAAUACCAAGGGCAGGGGCAAGGGAGUGAUGGUCCAGUCACCGACGCCAAUGAGCCGUUUCUCUUUGCCAUGCCGUCAGUGAGUGGGUUUGACGUGGCCCGGAGUGUAGGGUCAGGGUCGCUGCAGCAGCAACAACAGCCACAACAGCCACAACAGUCACAACAGCCGCAACAGCCGCAACAGCCACAACAGCCACAACAGCCGCAGCAGCAGCAGCAGCAGCAGCAGCAGCAGCAGCAGCAGCAGCAGCAGCAGCAGCAGCAGCAGCAGCAGCAGCAAUGGCAGCAAUCGACACAGUUCACACCUUCCCAGCAGCAGAUGAGGCCUCCCCAACAGCAAGAAACACCUCCUCAACAGCGCAGCCCCCUUUUGCCCUCUCCUGACUGCAAAUCCCCCUCGUCCUCCCCCACUCCCCCCCCGCCUCCUUCCCCCGCUCAUCCCCUCCCCCUUCCCCCCCCUUCCUCUCUUCCCUCUCACGCACACGCGCACAAGCAGCACUGCACUUCUUCUCGAAUGAGGCUAAGCACGCCACAGCAGCAGCAGCAGCAACAGCCGCCGCAGCAACAACAACAGCAGCAGCAACAGCAGCAGCAACAGCAGCAGCACCACCAGCAGCAGCACCAGCACCAGCAGCAGCAGCAGCAACAGCAGCAGCAGCAGCAGCAGCAGCAACAGUCGCCCAACUAUUCUGUAUGGCCUACCUACCUACCUCCUGCGGCUCAUGAACGCCCAUGGCGUGCCUUUCUCCACGGACGAGCUGCUGCUGCUGCUGCUGCUGCUGCUGCUGCUGCUGCUGCUGCUGCUGCUGCUGCUGCUGCUGCUGCUGCUGCUGCUGCUGCUGCUGCUGCUGCUGCUGCUGCUGCUGCUGCCUUCAGUCAGGCUAGUCAACAGCCUAUACCCUCCCUCCCUUCACCCGCCACCAUAGCCGCCCUGCAGGGGCCGCUGGGCCACGUUGACCUCGCUGCCCUCUCCUCCUCCGCUGCUGCCCUCGCUGCUGCUAUCCUCGGGAACCUCCAGAUACCUCUUCCUCCUCCUGCUGCUGCUGCUGCUGCCACGAGUGGUGCUGGUAAUCCCACUGCUGCUGCUGCUGCUGCUGCUGCUGCUGCUGCCAGUCCUGGUGGUAAUGGCUUCGUUGCUCCCGUUGCUGCUCCUGGUGCUCCUGGUGGUCCUGGUGUGAGUGCUGGACUGGGAUCAGCAGCAGGUAGGCUCGGGGGGACUCCCCCUAAGCCUCCCAUUCCGCCUUCCCCUGGAGGCAGGGGGACUGGCGCAGGGGGAGGGGGAGGGGGGAGAGGAGCGGGGGCAGCUCGCAAACGAGGCUCCAUGGGAAAGAAAGUAGCUCAAAGCCCCACCAGCAGCACCACCCCCCACUCCACCCCUCUCUCCCCCUCCUCAGCCUCCCCCACCCCCACUCCCUCCCAUUCCGAUGCUCCCUUCCACCAUCCCCAUCUGCACCAACCGCACACCACCCAUUCCCACCGCGCAUCCCACUCCAACCCUCCUCCCGGUGCACCCUCCCCAGGUGCACCUUCCCCCACUGCAGCAGGUGUACCUUCCCCAGAUAGCCCUCUCGCCUCCCCCAGUCUACUCGUCACUCCUGCCAGCCUUCCCACAGCAGCACAGCAGCAGCUACAGCAGGCGAGAAGGGGUGGGUCUGGCCCUUUGGACCACUACCCCUGUGACGGGCCAUCCCUCGCUAGAACCGGCUCACUCACUCCCUCUGGCGCUUUUGAGUCGACUCAAAAGCAGCAGGCGAGGAGGGGUGGGUCUGGCCCGUUGGACCAUUAUCCCUGUGACGGGCCAUCCCUUGCUAGAACCGGCUCCCUCACUCCCUCUGGCGCACACACCCCCUCGGCCUGCCUCACUCCCACUGUGCCCCACUCCCCGUUUGGCGACUCGUCAAGGCAACACAGAGUGGAGCGGCAACGCAAGAUGGCAGAGGCUAAGGGGCGCACGGCUGGAGUCACUGGUGCCGGGUUGGGGUCGCCAGAUGUGGCCAGCUUGAAGCGCAAGUGUGAGACUCUUGAAACAGAGAACCGGAGCCUCAAGACGUUCCAGAGCUUCAUGAACAGGAAGGACUCAGAGCAAACAACGCGGAUAGAGCAGCUGGAGCAGGAGAACGCCCAGCUGCGAGCAGAGAACGAGAGGCUCAGGGAGGAGCUUGCUGCUGCUCGACAGACAGGAAUGGCCAUAACCAGCAUGCCCACCAUGCACGCUGCUGGGAUGGCGCAGCCAUGA